GAAUGGACUACGCAUGGACGAAAACAAAGGAUGAAGUGCUUAGCCAUUUUGAUGUAGAUGAGUUUGGAUUGACUCAAAGUCAGGUGCUGAAAAAUCAGGAAAGAUAUGGAGCCAACGAACUGCCGGAGGAAGAAGGCAAGUCCUUGAUGCAAUUAAUAUUGGAACAGUUUGACGACCUCCUGGUGAAAAUUUUAUUAGCCGCAGCAUUAAUUUCUUUUACGUUGGCCUGGUUCGAGGAAGAUGAAGACGAGGUGGUGACUGCAUUUGUGGAGCCAUUUGUGAUCUUGCUGAUCUUGAUUGCCAAUGCGACUGUCGGUGUAUGGCAAGAGAGGAAUGCAGAGAGUGCAAUCGAGGCAUUGAAGGAGUACGAGCCCGAAGUUGCCAAGGUGUGGCGCGCAGACAGGAGUGGAGUGGUGCAAAAAGUGAAGGCGAGAGAGGUUGUUCCAGGAGAUGUGGUGGAGAUAUGUGUCGGGGACAAAGUGCCAGCCGAUCUCCGUCUCAUCAACAUCAAGUCCACAACUCUUUCAAUCGACCAGUCCAUUCUCACAGGAGAGAGUGUGAGCGUUAUCAAACACACAGAUCCUAUAGACGAUCUCAAGGCUGUCAAUCAGGAUAAAAAGAACAUCCUCUUCUCGGGUACCAAUGUAGCAGGAGGCAAGGCUCUGGGAGUGGUUAUUGGCACUGGAUUGAUGACAGAGAUUGGCAAGAUCAGAGAGCAAAUGGUAGCUACUGAAGAAGCUAAGACGCCACUUCAGAUCAAGAUCGACGAAUUCGGACAAUCUCUCUCAAAGGUCAUAACCCUGAUAUGCAUCUCGGUAUGGGCUAUCAACAUAGGCCACUUCAACGACCCAGCGCACGGAGGUUCAUGGAUCAAAGGAGCCAUCUACUACUUCAAAAUAGCAGUGGCCUUAGCUGUUGCAGCUAUUCCUGAGGGACUUCCAGCUGUGAUCACGACAUGUCUGGCUCUGGGUACGAGAAGAAUGGCGAAGAAAAACGCAAUUGUGAGAAGUCUGCCUUCAGUGGAGACUCUAGGAUGCACUUCAGUGAUUUGUUCAGACAAGACGGGAACGUUGACUACGAAUCAGAUGUCUGUUAGCAAGAUGUUCGUGUUUGAUGAUGUGGUUGCGGGUGCGAGUGGGGAUGCACCCUCGUUCCAUGAGUUCUCAAUCAGUGGGGAGACAUUCGAGCCCAAGGGAGACAUCACCAUGCGGGGUCCAGGAGGGGGAGGGGGCAGAACUGUGAAUGUAGAUGACUAUCCUGCCCUGAGGGAACUGGCAACGAUAUGCUCACUGUGUAAUGAUGCGUCGCUGGACUAUAACCAAGGCAAGGGACUGUAUGAGAAAGUAGGCGAGGCAACUGAGACUGCUCUGUAUGUUUUGGCGGAGAAGAUGAAUGUCUACAACUCAGAUGUGCGAAGACUGACUACCAGCGAUAGAUGCCAUGCGUGCAACCGUGUGAUCCGGGAGCAGUACGAGAAGGAAUUCACUCUGGAGUUCAGUCGGGACAGGAAGUCCAUGUCUGUGUACUGUGCACCCAAGAGGGUCACCUCCUCCGACCACCUGUUCGAUGGACCCAAAAUGUUCAUUAAGGGCGCCCCCGAGGGAGUUAUCGACAGGUGUUCGUACGUGCGUAUCGGUACUUCUCGCGAGCAACUAACUGACGAAAUGAAGAAAAGUAUAAUGGAGAAGGUGUUGGAGUAUGGAACCGGUAGAGAUACUCUUCGCUGUCUCGCUCUGGCCACAGCUGAUGAUCCAGUUGACAAAGAUGACAUGAUACUCACGGAUUCAACCAAGUUCGCAAGCUACGAGAGUGAGUUAACGCUGAUUGGUGUUGUGGGCAUGUUGGAUCCCCCUCGAAAGGAAGUGAAGGACAGCAUCGAACUGUGCAGACAGGCCGGUAUCCGAGUGGUCGUCAUCACAGGUGACAACAAGAACACAGCCGAGGCCAUCUGCAGACGAAUUGGAAUAUUCACUGAGGAUGAAGACACGACAGGCAAAGCAUACACGGGGAGGGAGUUUGACGAAUUGAGUUUGACAGAUCAGAAAAGGGCAGCGUGUAAUGCCAGGUUGUUUGCUAGAGUGGAGCCGGCACACAAAAGCAAGAUUGUCGAGUACCUGCAAGCCAACAAUGAGAUCUCGGCAAUGACAGGAGACGGAGUGAACGACGCGCCUGCACUGAAGAAAGCGGAGAUAGGGAUAGCGAUGGGCAGUGGAACGGAAGUGGCGAAGAGUGCGAGUGAGAUGGUGCUAGCUGAUGACAACUUCUCGACCAUAGUGGCAGCGGUGGAAGAGGGACGGGCUAUUUACAACAACAUGAAACAGUUCAUCAGAUACCUUAUCUCGUCCAAUAUUGGAGAGGUCGUUUCGAUCUUCCUAACUGCGGCACUUGGUCUUCCGGAGGCACUGAUUCCCGUGCAGCUACUGUGGGUAAACCUGGUGACAGACGGACUCCCAGCCACUGCCCUGGGUUUUAACCCACCUGACCUGGACAUCAUGAACAAACCUCCCAGGAACCCCUCUGAGGGUCUCAUCACUGGAUGGCUUCUAUUCAGAUACAUGGCUAUAGGCAUCUACGUGGGAAUGGGUACAGUUGGAGCCUCUGUGUGGUGGUUCAUGUUCUACAGCGAAGGACCACAAUUAAACUGGUACCACCUCACCCACCACCUCCAGUGCAGCACCGACAAGGAGAACUUCGUGGGAGUGCCGUGUGACAUAUUCGAUGACCCCCACCACAUGACAAUGGCCCUGUCUGUCUUAGUCACGAUUGAGAUGUGCAACGCAGUCAACAGUUUGAGUGAGAACCAGAGUCUGGUGGCUAUGCCCCCCUGGAUCAAUCCCUCUCUCAUGGCAGCCAUCGUCCUCUCCAUGGCCCUCCAUUUCGUCAUACUCUACACGCCCUUCUUAGCCACGGUGUUCCAAAUCACGCCUCUAAACUUAACAGAAUGGCUGGCAGUGAUAAAGAUAUCUCUUCCGGUUAUUCUUCUAGACGAAUUGCUCAAACUAGUUGCCAGACGCAUCACAGAAGGUAACAGCAAUUAUUCCACGAGUGGUAAAAAAGGAAGUUGUGCCAGUGGGGAUUGUUUUUCUGGCCUGCACUGGCUAGUGCUAAUGGUAGCGGUAUACGCUGCUAUGGUCUACUACAUACCAUGAAAUGUGUGCACCAAUCAUCAAUGUCUGUGCCUGUGUUGUUCUGACCAAAUAAUCUACAUAAUCUACUCAGUACUAGCACUCAUCCGAAACCUAACCAUCAUUCCAAAGUUCCUUUAACCAACAGAGACAAGACCACCCAAACAUUCCUACCUCAGCUCAUAUCUGACGUGAAAGCAUCAUCAGAAACUGACCAACACCAAUCUCACAAUUAACAACUUCACAAAUGACAUGUAAGCCUCACCACCGGAAGACCAAAAUAACAGCUACAGACAUGAGUGUGAAUACAUAACGUGUGUGGUUCUAAACAGCUGAAUGAAAGAUUUGGCGUGAGUUAAGGAGGAUUGUGUUGCAAAGCACUUAAUAAACUUUACUCAACGAAUAAUGAACGUAAUCGACAUUGACAUUCGGGGAAAUCGGUUUGCACGCAUCAAUAAUAACUUUACUUAAAAAGGACGUAAUUUAUUAACACGAUCUUAUAUAGUGUCUAUUUAUAUUUAUGAAUGUGAUCUAAUUGCUUUUUAUUUGAUCUUUUUCUUCGCAGAAGUGGCGCUAUCGAUUUGAAUAUUACUGCCAAAGGCACCACUUGGUUAAUUUAUAACUAAUAUAACUAAAUUAUUAUUGACUAGCCCCACCGUAUUUUUGAAGGGAGAAAAUAAAAAUUGAUUUUGGUGAAGAAAGGUCUGUUCCGUUUUCUACAUGGAUUAGCGCACUGCAUUGUGCGAUGAAUUGAGGUUGCGUUUACGAAUUGAGAUUGUGCCUGGGCAAUAUCAUAGUGAUAAUUAGUUUGGCUCACAACAUAUACAAUGACUCUUUAUGCAGUACACUGUUGCAGUAUUAAAAUAAUUUGGUAAUCAUAUCACGUGUGAGAUAUAUUGUGCUCAGAGCACCUGUUGUUUGUACUGGUAUUGAUUUAAACUUACAAAUUAUCUUUAAUUUUAAUCAUCCUCAAAUGUGAAGUCUCAGCUCUUUUUUUUAUUAUAGCCCCCUCCUUUAGCCCAAGUAGCAAAAAUAAUGACUCAUUGCACUGUGAUUUUUGUAUCAUGGGGGUUAUAAAUGGAAAGAGCCCGAACCUGUAAAUCAAUCCUUUCCCUCUCACUCAAAUACAACGAAUCAUUUGACCUGACCCCCGCCCGAAACAAAAAGCAAUUUUAUCAUUCCAAACAUAGCUGGAGUUGAAUAGCGUUCGAAUUCAUGUGACGUGGCUUAACGUAAGAACUUAAAGGAUAGACAAGUGGUCCAAUAAGCUUUCAGAGAAGUUAGGUCAAGUUAUGCACUUAUCUAUGUCAAUACAAUACCAUUGCAGCGUAGCUAGUUGGUUCGAAGUUUUGAGAGGAUAUCUUGAAGACUGGUUCUCAUCUUUCUGAAAAGCAAACAGAAAAACGAAGCAUGUUCCAGACAAUUUCACUUUAAGGUGGCAUAUAAAUUGAGCCUAAAGCGGUUAUAUGAACGAUUUGGUUUUAAGUUAAAUCAUGUGCAUGUAUGAUAUUUUCUCUACUCGUGGUACCAUCUUAAAACAGUGUUAAUCAUGGUUCAAUGGUUGAAAAGUUACAAUCAAUCAAGAGUCAAUUACAUGUGAACUCGAUCGAUUGUAGCGUCCUAACGGGGUUUCGAUUUUGUAUGAAGGGUUCCGAAGGAAAUAAUAUGUUUUCUAGAAGUGUUUCCUGAAUUUGUUUGACUAUUCUAUAGCUGAAAUACUUGUUUUCAUGUCCAGAUCCAAAGAUUGUUUGGCCGUUGGUGCUAACGUAAGACCAAAAUGAAUAGUGUAUGCAAUUAUCAAAAACAAAACUACGAAGAUUGAAAGGCAACAGUAGGGGGUUCUAGCUGAAAUGGCGAAGCAGCUCUUGCACGCUAAUCUUUCUAACAUUAUUCCAAAACUAGGGCAAAUAUGUCAUUUCGAUCCGGCGUUUUGCUUCGAUUUGUUUCUUUGCCGUGAGCAGGACUCAAAUCUUCAUUUCAAAUACAUUCAAAAGGUGCCACUAGUAUAUCACCGCUUGAGGUCCUUUGUUGGUUAUUAUUCUUAGGAGCUACUUGUCGUCUUGUGUUGCUAUAGCGUAAAUUAAGGAAGGUAAAAGUUGCUGCAGUGGUGUAAGAGUAGAGAUUAGGAUUGGUAGUUAUUAGUUUGAGACGACGGAAUUGUUUGCUUGAGUGUGGUUGCUCAACUUCUUGGGACUAACAGUUCUUGGUAUUUGAGGUUAAGUCCAUGUGUUGCAGUGUGGUGUGUUCGACACUAAAUGUAUGCGUAUGCCAUGAGAAGAAUGGAUUUGAAAAACGAAUAUCAUGCUCGUAUGCAGGAGUUUCAACUUAUCUUUUAUUAGUUUAAUAAAUAGAUUUUGCAGACUUCUCAGCGCAGUUAUAGAUCAAAAGGAAAGAUUUCAUGCAUUGACAAGGUAUAAGAAUCAAUAGAAUCAGGUUUUUGAAUAAUUCAGUGCUUAUUUAGUACAAAAUAAAUUUCAAAGAGAAGGCAUCUUCCCAAUGUUCGAACAUCGAAGAGCUUUCAAAAAUAUUCCUCUUCCAUGUUUUUCGCUCGAAUGCAUAUAAUACGACUAGUAACUAUUGACAAUACAUCAAUAAAAAUUGCCCCUAAAUCAGAGGUUCGAGGCCUAUGUAGAAUUAGAUUCGAGUCCUAAGUUAAAAAAAUAAUUAAAACCUGUAGGCAAUUUCAAAGCGCGACCAGACGUUCAGCCGCGCUCUCCCUUUCCUUCCUUUUUGACUUCUCUGGUACUCCAUGCGAACUAAACCUGACCAACCAUUCAUCAUUCCAUUACCAUCCUUAUGCUUGAACGGCACCCAUAAGCGCUGAUUUUAGAACACGAUGCAGUAAUUAACAAUGUAUGUUGCAAUUAUCACUUUCGAUACUAGCUUUAUAUAUACUGACUAGGGAUUGGUAGUAGCAAUUAGAUAUUAAUAAUAAUAAAUAGACAGCUGCAAAAAUUUAAGAGAUGGCUUUCGAAGAACUUUUGUCGAGCUUUUUCUGACAGAUUUGAAAAAGACGUGUCUCAUAAGUUUGAAAAAUAAUUUAAAAAUUUUUGCAGCUGUCUAUGAGAACUAUAUUCCCAAACUGGUGGCUGAAAUGUUAUCUUAUCUACCCUGAUGUAAUGUGGUGUGAUGCUAGUCAAGUGCCUAUUUUUUCAUUUUAUAUCGCAUAACAAACCAAAACAGACAAAAACCAGCAGACUAAAAUGGCGAAGAUGAUCCUUUCUAUGCAGUGCAGUAGACUUUUAUAUGAAAUUUUAAGCGGAACUAAGUGCAGUUUAAGUUAAAGUCCUAUUUAAUUAAUAUCCUAAUGUAUAUAGCAGCUAAUGCAAAAAUGAUCCAAUUCACAUUCUAUGCGGCUGUGACAAUUUUUCCAAGAGAAUCAUUAAGAGCCGAAUUUUCAUGGAUCUUCGGUAUCGUAGUAGUUACUCCCGAAUGCGUAUUCGGUAAUUUUCGUUGCGAAAAAUCUGUGGAAGUUUUCGAGAUGAACUUUAUACACCAGAGACUAAUCUUUGUGAACCAAAUUAAAGCGGUAAUCGAAUGUGGAUUUUUUGUUAGACGUGUUGCGGCUUAUUAACUGAUUUAUUUACAAAUAAUUAGCCUCUCUAUUGCUCCUCCCCCUCUUCUUUGCACUGUGAGUGGGAGUUGAUAGGGGAGGGUGCAAUAGACGAAGACUGAAGUUAAAUUUUGUUGUGAGACUUAAUUCGGUUCUCUUAUCCUAUUAUCUUGUUUACAAAUAUAUUGUGUUUUGCUCAAGAUUCAAUUCAAAUGUUCCUAACUGAA